AUGUCUACCAGCUUGGAUACCGGCAGCGUUGCCAAGGAUGACCUUCACAAGAAUGGUCAACCUAGCACCUCCCUCAACGGCGGUGGUGGCUAUCGUGUUCCUGGCCGCGCCGACAACCCUCUCGUCAAUGUCCAACCUCCAAAGAGAGAAGACUUGCAGCCCAGCUAUGCGCAGAUGCUCGGCGAAAGCGACACUGGCGCACACGGCUGGUAUGGAAGCAUGAUUGAUACUCUGGGUUCAUGUCUUGGAACGAUGGGUGCAAUCCCCUGCUGUGUCAUCUGUCCUAACCCCUACAAACCUGUCUCGCAGGGUAACGUCGGUUUGGUUACGAAGUUCGGUCGUUUCUACCGCGCCGUUGACCCUGGCUUGGUCAGAAUCAACCCUCUCAGCGAACGUCUUAUUCAAGUCGACGUUAAGAUCCAGAUUGUUGAGGUGCCUAAGCAAGUUUGCAUGACCAAGGACAACGUCACAUUACAUUUGACAUCGGUCAUUUACUACCACAUCACAUCUCCACACAAGGCUGCUUUCGGUAUCUCCAACGUCCGCCAAGCCCUUGUCGAGCGCACACAAACCACACUCCGUCAUGUAGUGGGUGCUCGUGUUCUUCAAGACGUCAUUGAACGUCGCGAGGAAAUCGCACAAUCGAUUGGAGAGAUCAUCGAGGAUGUUGCAUCAGGAUGGGGUGUCCAAGUCGAGAGCAUGUUGAUCAAGGAUAUCAUCUUCAGUAACGAGCUCCAAGACUCCCUCUCCAUGGCCGCACAAUCCAAGCGUAUCGGAGAGUCCAAGGUCAUUGCUGCUCGCGCCGAAGUCGAAUCCGCCAAGCUCAUGCGACAAGCUGCCGACAUCCUGUCCAGUGCACCAGCCAUGCAGAUCAGAUACCUCGAAGCCAUGCAAGCCAUGGCCAAGACCGCCAACUCCAAGGUCAUCUUCUUGCCCAGUGCCUCAACAGCUGGAGCUCAAAUGAAUCUAGCGGGCUCCUUCGGAGAAGGCUCUGAGCAUAACGGACUUUCUGCUGCGCAGAAGUAUGAUAACAAUCACGGAGAUUUUGGAGGUCAGGAUUCUGGAUUCCAGAGAGCUAUCAAUGCCCACGUCGUCGAGAAUAUCUAA